UCAUAUUAAAAGCAUGUGAAUUUAUUAUUGAAGUAGUUCAAUCUAAUUCUGCUUUUGGUCUAUGCCUCAGAUAUAUUUGUAAAUGUGGUGAGAUUCAAAGUGAUAUAUGCAAACUAGCAACAGUAGCUAUUUCUUCUGUAUAUCAUCAAUUUUUCAAAACCAAAACAAAAUUUUCAGGUUCAGAAGUUCUAGGAUUUGAUAAAACAAUUAUUACAGAUGAAUUAUUGUCAGAUUUAUCCUUUUGCCCUUAUAAUUUUCAACUUAAAAUCUUUCGAAUUUGGAUAGUAAGAAUUGGCUCUAAUGAAAUUAAUAAAAUUACAACUAAUUUAGCAAGCCCUGGAUUUAAAUCAACCUUUAUAUAUCAAUAUAAUAAAAGUCGAGCUUUGUUUUUUCAAGAAAUUGAUAAAAAUCACUGCAGAGUAACAAUUUACUACAAAUACAAUGCAUACUGGGAAUUUCGAGCCUGGAAAGCAAUGCUAAAAAAUGUUGGUUGUUCUGAUAUUAUCCUAUAUAAAAAAGAUCAAUUAAAAUUCGAGUUUUGGUCUUGGUCCAUUAUUUUGGAUAGUGAUAGAAAUUCUUUGUCUACAUUAUAUGAUCUUGGAUUUGUUACAUCAGCUCCCUUAUACUCUUUUAUGAAUGCUUUUUGGAAUUCUUUUUACGAUUCUUUGGAAAUUAAUAAAUGCAGCAUAGAUGGGUGUCGACAG